GUUGAUGUAUCAACGGACAUGAAGUGUGAGGCUUAGACUAAACAUUAGGAUUUGGUUGAUUCAAUCGACCAGUUCUUAAAGUUGGUUUGGGGCAGCAACUCCUCGGCGAAACGAAUGAGAUCGCGUACCAUGAAUUCCUUCUGAGCUAAAAUACUCGUGAUUUUAGGUUUAGAAGGGAGGGAUGGCCGCGGCGGCGCACACGGCGAUGGCGUUGCGAGGCAAGAUGGUGUACGAGCUCUACAGGGCGUUCACCCACGUGGCGGGGCCGAUCAUAUUCGCCCACAUACAGUGGCGGAGGCUGCGCGGCGUUGAGCACCCUACCCGGUGGCCGGAACGCUUCGGUCGCUCUUCAUCGCCUCGCCCUCCCGGCCCUCUCCUCUGGUUUCACGCUGUCUCUCUAGGCGAAGGAUUGGCCGCGAUCCCCAUGAUCAAGCACUGUGUUCGUGUGCAACCCAAUUUCGUCGUCUUGAUGACGAGCACAACGACAUCGGCUUUUGAAGUCAUCAAGGACCAGCUACCAGAUGGUGUCAUAUAUCAGCUUGCCCCUCUUGAUUCUCCUACCGCAGUGGGUAAGUUUCUGGGAUACUGGGACCCUGUUGCUGUCUUUCUUAUGGAAAGUGAACUAUGGCCCAACCUCAUCAUAUCUGCUGCAGAGAAAGGAAUUCCAGUGGCGUUAUUAAAUGCUAGGAUGUCAUGCAAGUCUUUUAAGCGUUGGUCAAGAACAUUAGCACUGCCUCUAAUUUCCUUGAUGCUGUCAAAAAUAUCUUUGAUUGCCCCACUGAGCACACUUCAGGCCGUCCAUUUUCAAUUGCUGCAUGCAUCACCACAUAUCAUCCAUUUUGCUGGUGAUUUGAAAUAUGCUGUAGGAGAUCUCAAUGUCCUCGAGGAAGACAUUAGGAAAAUAAAGGAUCUUCAACUACAACUCGCCAGUAGGCCUGUUUGGAUGGCAUCAUCUAUACACGAGGGUGAAGAAGAAGUCAUGCUUUGGGUUCACAAAGAAUUAAUCAAGAUGCACACCGACCUGGUUAUGAUUCUGGUUACAAGGCAUCCACGACAUGGGCAACAACUUGCACUAGCAUUAAAGAAACAAGGGAUGAAUGUUUCAUUGAGGUCUAGAAGUGAAAUAAUUUCUUGUAGCACUAGUAUAUAUGUGGUGGACACUUUGGGAGAACUUAGGACACUUUAUAGGAUAACUCCAAUUGCUGUGAUUGGAGGUUCUUUUUUGCCUUGUUUAGCUGGUCAUAAUGUUGCCGAGGCUGCUGCAGCUGGUUGUGCUGUUUUAACAGGUCCUUAUGUUGGACAUUUCUCGCAUAUGUUAGCUGGAAUGCUACAAGCAGCUAGUUCAUCAGUCCAGCAGGUUGCAGAUAAAGCUGAACUAUUAGAAGCACUGAAAAAGCUGCUUACCGAUAAAAAGUCUUUGGAAGCACACUGCAGGGCUGCAAAAUAUGCAUUUUCAACUGUUUCAAAGGGAGUUGUGGAAAACGUCUGGAAACUUGUAUGUACAUUUGUUCUUAAACAGUCCAUAGGAAAAUCAGAUGAAGGUUGAUCAAUGGCUUGUUCUUUGUUGAACUUGACUCUUAUGAUUCGAUUGUACAGAACAAUUUUGUGGAAUAGGUGGAAGACGAUCAAUAUCUUCUCCAAGUGGUUUAUUGUGAUUGUUC